AUGAAGGCCGUUACCACCAUCAUCCUCACUCUCGCCACGCUGGCCUUUGCCGCGCCCAACCCCGACGCCAAUGCCGACGCCCUCUCCGCCCGGCAGGGCAACUGCGUAUACGACUGCCAGUGCCAGGACGGAGACGGCACCCCAUUCAUCCCCGUCAACGAGGAUUGUUGCCAGGGCGACAUCAACGAAACCGGCGAGAACUGCAAUGACAACAUCUACCCCUUCGCGAUGGGGUACGCCAGUUGCUGCAGGGCUGGGUACGGUCGCCCUGUGUGCAAGGCGAGCAGCUCUGACUGCCUGCCCGUCUCUGCUUAG